UCGACAAGAAAAUUAUCGCACAUAGCGCCUUACAAACAUCACUUAGGUGAUUUUUAACCUUCAAACUUUUAAAAAGUAGUUCCUAGCCCUGUUUUUAGACGUCUUUUUGGCUGCUCUUCUUAACCAAUUUGCCCACUGAGUGUUUUGUUCUGAAAGGUCACCAGAAGUGUCGCGUGUAUUGCGCUUAGCCAUUGACACCGACAUGAUGGAAAGAAAAAAAAGGCUCUCAGAAGCGAAACCGUAAUAAUGGAGAGCUGAAGGAUGUGGGAAACGUGUUGUGGGGACACCAUGAUUGAAUAGGUCUGUCAUGUCAACGGAAGUGGACUAAGACGGUCGACAAAGACGGACAACGUGUUGGAAAGAUUCUUUUUUUGGGGGCGGGGGGGGCAAGCUUAUGUGGGAAGGGAAGUCUGUGGCUAACAACAACCUCAUCUGACAGCACAAAAGGUAGCUCAGUAUGAGUCGAGAUGUAUGGACCAAGAAGAAAGCAAAUGCCAGUGGGGACAAUGGUUGGGCUGAGAGUGGUGGUUACAUGGGUGCCAAGGUGUCCAAAUUGGACGAUCAGUUCAAGAGUGACGCCCCUCGAGAGAAACAAAAGGGAGGCUCGACCAACAUUUUCACCGGGGUGGCCAUAUAUGUCAACGGAUAUACAGAACCAAGUGCAAAUGAGCUCCGUAGACUGAUGAUGCUUCACGGCGGACAGUUCCACGUCUAUUAUUCUCGAUCCAAGACCACCCAUAUCAUUGCCAAUAAUUUGCCAAAUAGCAAAAUUCAGGAGCUGAAAGGGGAAAAGGUCAUUAAGCCCAACUGGAUCACAGACAGCAUCAAAGCUGGGUGCCGGCUCCCUUACUUGCACUACCAACUGUAUGCUAAACACAAGGGUUCACUAUUCCCUGGAAUAAAGCUGCAUCAGACCUCAGAGAACGCUGGAUCCAUCCACUGCACUGUUCCCAACCAGGACAACUCGACACUCAGCAGCAAACAACAAGGCUCCCAACUUGAAUUCCACCAGAAUAACCCCUCACUUCAACCGUCCUCAGCAUUCGUGAAUCCUAAGCUCAGCCCGCAUUCGCUCCCCAACCAAAGCCCAUUUAAGCAUCCGCCAAGAGCAGAUCAACUUGGACCUCAGACCAAUGCAUCCUGCAAUACGCACCAGAGUAGACACAAGGAAGUGGAAUUGAGAGUAAAUGGAUCAUUGCAGACCUCAGCAGGCGUAAUGCCAGACUGCAUUAAAGCUCCUUCGCACCUCACCAAUGGACACGCUCAUCUUUGUAAUGGUGCCUUAAAGUCAAAGGACCCUGAUACAGACAAAUCAUCUCUCGGCCUGACUGAAUGCAGCAUCCUGAUGCCCGAAAAUAAACCCUCCAGGACCAAACCAGACCCCUAUGAGUUCCCCAGCAGUCCUCCAAAGCAAUCGGACCUGUCGUCUGCCUGUCUCGAGGACUCGGGUUCAAAAGACGAAAAGAAGCUUAAACCACCCCUGUCCACUGAAAGCCAGAGACUCUUACAGCACACCUCCUGUCAAGUUGACACAAAAGUUGAAGAAAUGUCUCAUCCCCCCCCAUCCUACCCACGCUCUCCUGUGCGUCUAAACGGAAGUCACCACAAUGCCUUGUCAUCCCACUCUGCCUCGGAAAGCAACUCGACUGUCCAACCUCAUCCCAAGACGCAGCAGUCCGAGUCGUCGGCUCAGCUGUCGGCGCAGACGGGUGGCUUGAUCUCUGAGUUCUACGCCCACUCACGUUUACACCAGAUCUCCACAUGGAGGACCGGCUUCUCGGAGUAUGUGAACGAAUUGCACAGCAAGCGAAAAGCCUCGAGCGGUUACUCCUUUCCCGGGAAAGAACGACUUCGGAAGUUGUCGUCACAGUGUGCUCUUCAAAGCCAAGGUACACAUUUCGGUAUUAAAUCCUGCAUUCUUCACGUGGACAUGGAUUGUUUCUUUGUGUCUGUCGGGAUUCGACAUCGGCCGGAACUCAAAGAUAAGCCUGUCGCAGUUACUAGUAACCGUGGACAUGCGCGUGUGCCAUUAAGACCAGGGGCCAACCCACAGCUGGAGCAGCAAUACUACCAGAGGAAACACUGUGGGGCUCAACCUGGUAAGGAAUCAGACUAUGUACAUGGUGCUGCUCCACAACAUACUAAUGGAGUAGACAAGGAUGCUGCUCUUUCCAUGGCAGAGAUUGCAUCCUGUAGCUACGCUGCAAGGCAAGCAGGUGUGAGAAACGGGAUGUUUUUCGGCAAAGCCAAACAGCUGUGUCCCACUCUACAGUCUGUGCCGUACGACUUUGACGCUUACAAGGAAGUGGCCCUCACAAUGUAUGAGACGUUAGCUGGUUACACUCACGACAUUGAAGCUCUGAGCUGUGACGAAGUGUUAUUAGACGCCUCUGCUCUGGUAGCAGAGUUGGGUAUUAACCCAGAAGAUCUGGCCAAAGCCAUCAGAGCGGACAUUAAGGAAAAGACAGGAUGCUGUGCUUCCGUUGGCAUGGGGCCCAACAUCCUAUUGGCUCGGCUUUCGACACGUAAAGCCAAGCCAGACGGGCAGUAUUUCUUGAGGUCCGAGGAAGUGGACGAUUUCAUCAGGGACCUGCCAGUGACCAGCUUGCCAGGAGUCGGGCCUGCUAUGGGCAGAAAGCUGGCUGCUAUCGGUGUGAAGUCAUGCGGGGAGCUCCGACAGGUGUCCUUAAGUCAACUGCGGAAGAAGUUUGGGCCGCGCUCGGGACAAACGCUGUUCCGCUUCUGCAGGGGUCUCGAUGACCGCCCCGUCCGCUACGAGAAGGAGCGGAAGUCGGUGUCUGCGGAGAUGAAUUACAACAUACGCUUUAAAAAGAUUGAUGAGGCAGAAAGUUUCCUGUCCAACUUGUCCAUGGAGGUGCAAAGACGUCUUCAAGAAGCUGGACUGAAAGGACGCAGAGUGACCCUCAAGAUCAUGGUCCGCAAGGAGGGCGCACCACAGGAGUCGGCAAAAUACGGUGGCCAUGGCAUAUGUGACAACUUUGCCAAGACUGUGAUGCUAGCCCAGUGCACUGAUAGUGGCCAGCUGAUUGCAGCCACUGUCAUCAAGAUGUUCCACACUAUGAAGCUACCGGUGCAGGACCUCCGUGGUGUCGGCAUCCAGGUGCAGCUGCUUGAGGGUAAUCACUCUGUUCCUAACAACGCCAACGGUCUAAGGACGCGCUCCAUCAAAGACAUGUUGCUCGGCCAGGCUUCAUCAAGCAGUAGCAGCACCAGAGAGGCGGGUGAGGACAACAGACAGGAAGAGAUAUUACCCGUCAGAGGUGCAUCCCCCAGUCCUGGGUCCCUGUCCCCAGUCCCAGGAACAAGCAAAGACCAUCAACCUUGCAGACGAACACCAAAACAUCCCAGAACACGCCUCAACUUCAGCAUUGAAAUUCCCUCUCCUUCACAGGUGGAUCGAUCCGUGUUGGAAGCCCUGCCUGCUGAGCUGAGAGCACAAGUGGAGCAAUCGUGGCAAACAAACAACCGCUGUGCACCCAGUUCACAACCACCGAGUUCUCAGUCACGCUCUGUCUCCACUCUUCAUCCACCUGCUGCUAUUGUACCUACACUGAACAAACCACCUGCUGGAGCUUUGGUGCUACAGAUUCAAAACGACCCUGACAGUCUCGGAAUUGUUUUGGAGCUGCCCAGCUACUCCCAGGUCGACCCAGAAGUGUUUGCCGCCCUUCCCAAAGAGCUCCAGGAGGAACUCAAGUCGGCCUACAACCGUGUUACAAAUAACCAGCCUCAGACAGAAAUGUUGGAGCAGAAGAAUGCACUUUUGCAGCUAAAGCAGCCUGGCGGAGGUGGCGUCGGACGACUGAAGCGGCGCUACAAGAGAAAGAAUGCAAUAAGCCCCGCCAAAAAGGGACCAUCCCCUCAAAAAAAGUACCGCCCAGCAAACAGCCCUGCCAAAACUGCUCCGCCUUUUACUAAACUAAAGGAACCCGUACAUGUCCUAAAGACAGAGAACGGUCCGUCCAUGUCGUCUUCAAAGCAGGACACCUCAGAGUCUUUGCCAAAUUCCAUCUGUCGCCCGACUCCAGCGCUUGCCGGAGCCUCUGAGCUGCCUGAUAUUAAAACACUCUUACGGGAAUGGGUGACCACCAUGACAGACCCAAUGGAGGAGGACAUCCUGCAGGUUGUGAAAUAUUGCACUGAUCUUAUUGAGGACAAAGAUCUGGAGAAGCUGGAUCUGAUCAUAAAAUACAUGAAAAGGCUCAUGCAGCAGUCACUGGAAUCCGUUUGGAGCAUGGCCUUUGACUUUAUCGUGGACAACGUGCAGGUGGUUGUGCAGCAAACUUACGGUAGCACCCUGAAGAUAACAUGAAGGAUAUACAGUACUUUUUUUCACCUUUUUCUACUUCUUACUACUUGGCUAACACAGGAAUCGCAGCUCAUUUCUUACAUAGCAUGAGUCAAGAGAAAGCUGCAAAAGCAAUCGGGUGUGUUCAAUCCGUUGGUGUGUACAUGCAGCAUUUUGUCUAUGCUUUUUAAAGGCAAGUUGAAUGGCAGAAAUGUGCCUAAAAAGUGAUCUACUUGGAAUAUUUUGCAUGUUCAUUUUUAACUAUCUACACUUAAAAUUUUUCAUGUCCUCUCUAUUUCAAAAAAAUAAUGACAGUCAUGGUACAAACAUUUUCUUUAUGACGUCCCUAAAAAAAAGAAGCUUUUUAAAAAAAGUCUUUUUUAUCAUUUUUUAUAAUAAAGUGCCAAAUGUCAUUUGUAAAAUAUGUAAAUACCGUUUUUAACGGAUCUGAUGUAUGUAAAGGGUUAACCUCCUGUAUUGUUUACAUGUAGUAAAUGCUUAGUAACUGUCUGAAAAACUGUGGACCUUUUUCAGAAUUUGGAAAGAAAGCACUUGAGUUUAACUGUUGAAGAUUGUUACUCUGCUUGUUAAACUGAUCAAUAAGCAGCCUAUGCAUUUUUGUGCUAUGGAGUGAGACGAACCUCUUCAAGAUGAUGAGACAUUUAAUUACAUAUUUGGCCCACCAUUAAAAAUAAAAAUCAAAGGUGACAUGAAAAGUGAUUUCACGAUGCAGUGGAUAUUGUUGAUUGACUCUGAAUUAGAUUUCAAUAUGCAAACCAAAUCAGUCUCAUUUUUUUUCAACUUGUUGACAUGAAUGUGUUUCAGAAGAUCUUUUUCUCUUUUUGCUUUACUUCUGUUUGUGAAAGUCUGAUCUUUAUCUGUCUAUUCUGGCUUAUGUGCCUGAUGACCUGAAGCUGUGAACGUUUUAUAAAGCUUGUUAAUAAUAAACUGUAACUAAUAAUUGUGUUUGUG